CUGGCGCCGGCUGCUGCUCCGCGCGGAGCCCGAGCCCGAGCCCGAGCGGGAGACCGGCAGAGGCGGCGGCGGCGGCGGCGGCGGCGGCGGCGGCCCCGCCCCGGGGCUCCAUUGUUGCGGCGGCCGAGGCUGCGCCGGCUGCUCAGCCCUGUUCCCCUCGGCUCCGAGCGAGCGCCGCUGAGCGGGUGGCCGAGAUUCUUCUGAAAUUCUUUCUGUGGUGAGUGUCAUCAGAAGGAAGCACAGGAUUUGCUCUCAAAGAGUGAUUUGGUUUCCUGAGAAACUGCAGGUGGACCCUGGGUGCUCUGUCCUUGCCCUUGGAGGAGGCGUGUGAGGAAGACUGUUCCGUGCAGACCAGGGCACUCCAGCCUUGCAGUCAGGCUACCUGGCUCUGGGUUUGGGCCUUUUUGCCAAAUCCUGUGUGGCCUCAGCAGCAAUGGAAGAGUUAAUAGUUGAACUCCGUCUCUUUCUUGAACUCCUGGACCAUGAAUAUCUAACAUCAACUGUUAGAGAGAAAAAGGCAGUUAUCACCGACAUCCUGCUGAGGAUACAGUCAUCUAAAGGUUUCGAAGUGAAGGAUCAUGCUCAGAAGCAAGAGACCCCCAAUAGCCUGCCGGCUCCUCCCCAGAUGCCUUUGCCUGAGAUCCCCCAGCCAUGGCUGCCACCUGACAGUGGGCCGCCACCGCUACCAACAUCCUCUCUCCCGGAAGGUUACUAUGAGGAAGCUGUACCACUGAGCCCUGGGAAAGCUCCGGAAUACAUCACGUCAAAUUAUGACUCAGAUGCAAUGAGUAGCUCUUAUGAGUCUUAUGAUGAGGAGGAAGAGGACGGAAAGGGCAAGAAGACACGGCACCAGUGGCCGUCCGAGGAGGCUUCCAUGGACCUGGUGAAGGAUGCCAAAAUCUGUGCCUUCCUACUGAGGAAGAAGCGCUUCGGGCAGUGGAGCAAGCUUCUUUGUGUCGUCAAAGACACCAAACUGCUGUGCUACAAAAGUUCCAAGGACCAACAGCCUCAGAUGGAACUGCCGCUGCAGGGCUGCAACGUGACGUACACACCGAAGGACAGUAAGAAGAAGAAACACGAGCUGAAAAUCACCCAGCAGGGCACAGACCCACUGGUCCUCGCCGUUCAGAGCAAGGAGCAGGCUGAGCAGUGGCUGAAGGUGAUCCGAGAUGUCUACAGUGGCUGCAGUGGGCCGGCGGAUUUAGAAGGCCCACCCCCAUCAAGCUCCCCAGUGCACAAGACAGAGCUGGAGAAGAAACUGUCUUCUGAGAGACCCAGCUCCGAUGGAGAGGGUGUUACAGAAAAUGGCAUCACUGUGUGUAAUGGAAAAGAACAAGUUAAGAGGAAAAAGAGUUCCAAAUCAGAGGCCAAGGGCACAGUGUCUAAAGUCACUGGGAAGAAGAUCACCAAGAUCAUUGGCUUGGGGAAGAAAAAGCCAUCAACAGAUGAGCAGACCUCAUCAGCAGAGGAGGAUGUCCCCACUUGUGGCUAUCUCAACGUGCUCUCCAACAACCGCUGGCGGGAGCGCUGGUGCCGGGUCAAGGAUAACAAGCUCAUUUUCCACAAGGACAGGACUGAUCUCAAGACCCACAUUGUUUCUAUUCCUCUCCGCGGCUGUGAUGUGAUCCCGGGCUUGGACUCCAGACACCCCUUGACAUUCCGACUGCUUCGCAAUGGACAGGAGGUGGCCGUGCUGGAGGCCUCCUCUUCUGAGGACAUGGGCAGAUGGAUUGGGAUUUUGCUGGCUGAGACAGGAUCCUCUACAGACCCUGGGGCCCUGCACUACGACUAUAUCGACGUGGAGACAUCUGCGAACGUCAUUCAGACGGCCAAACAGACCUUCUGUUUCAUGAACAGGCGCGGUAUCUCUGCCAACCCGUACCUGGGGAGCACCACCAACGGCUACGCCCACCCCAGUGGCAUGGCGCUGCAUUACGAUGACGUCCCAUGCAUUAACGGCUCGUGGGACCCCGAAGACGGCCCUCCUGCUUCCUGUGCCAGAGGCCUGGGAGAAGAGGUGCUUUAUGAUAACGCGGUCCUGUACGAUAACUUGCCGUCUCCGAAAAUCUUUGCUCGCUACCCACCUGCUGACAGAAAGGCUUCUAGGCCGUCUCCUGACAAACUGUCCUGUAACCAUUACAAAUGCCCUCCCUCCUGCGGUCUGCCUCUCAUUCAGUCUGCCACUAACCCCUCUUCUCUGGGGAGGGCGUCUCUCGGGCUCAGCUCUCAGGUGAAGGGUAAAAAGCCCCCAGUAGCCUCUAGUGGGGUUACAGGGAAAGGGAAGACUCUGAGCAGCCAGCAAAAAAAGGUAGAUUCUACAGCCGGCGUGAAGCGAACAUCUUCAAAUGCUGACCAGUACAAAUAUGGCAAGAAUCGGGUUGAAGCCGAUGCCAAGCGGUUGCAGAGCAAAGAAGACGAGCUGCUAAAGCGUAAAGAAACCCUGCGGAACAGGCUGGCCCAGCUCCGGAAAGAGAGGAGAGACCUGAGGGCUGCCAUCGAAGUAAACGCUGGUAGGAAGACGCAGGUGGUUCUGGAAGACAAGCUGAAGAGGCUGGAGGAGGAGUGUAAGCAGAAGGAGGCAGAGCGUGUCAACCUGGAGCUGGAGCUGACGGAAGUCACGGAGAGCCUGAAGAAGGCCCUGGCUGGCGGGGUCACCCUGGGGCUGGCCAUCGAGCCCAGGUCAGGGACAUCAAGCCCACAGUCCCCGGUUUUCAGGCAUCGCACCCUGGAGAGCUCACCCAUGUCCAGCUGUGAGACCAGCGAUGCGGAGGGCCCCGUGCCGGUGAACAGUGCAGCUGUGCUGAGGAAGGGCCAGCCGGCCAGCGGCUCCCCCUGCCGGGGGCAUGUGCUGCGGAAGGCCAAGGAAUGGGAGCUGAAGAACGGCACGUAGAGGGACGGCAGGACGCCCCGCUCGCAGGCGCUGCCCCGCCGCCACCGCCGCAGGAAGCUCCGCCCGCGUGGCCACUGCGCAGGACGCCAGGGUUUGUGACUGAGCUCCGACGCCAGCGCCAGACCCGCCCGCGUGUCCUCUUGCUACUGUACUUGUUCCUUCUAAAGAAAUUCACUUAUAACACUUUGGUUUCCACCUCUCUCUGUCGGAGAGCAGUAGGGAGGUAGAGAGGUCCUACGGCAAACGAGAAGCUCAGUGAGGGCUUUACCCGUGUCCCCUGCACCCUGACCGCGGGGGACCGGCCAGUGCCCCCGCUGAGGCCUCGGUUGGCGGGAGGCCCGGGCCCCGGGCAGGUGAGCGCGGCUGGCGUGGGCCCUGGGCCCGUGGCGCCCGCCUGCUGAAAAGGCCGGGGCCUCCAACAGCGCCCUCCUGCCCCCCUCGUGCCUCAGCGUGCCCUUCCCACGCGCCCCUCCCCCUCAUCACGAGAGGCGGGUGCGUGAGAAACCCGUGCUGUGAAGCAUCUGUUACCUUUUCAUUGUCUUUCCUCUGGACAAAUGCUUUCGUCACCAUGACGUGAAAAGCUGCCAUUCUUUUUAAACUUUUUAAAAAUUUCUUUUAAUUGUGUGUUGCACUUCGCUCUAAGGGUUUUUCAGAGAUUCUGUAUCGUAUUUUAUUAAUUAUUUGUACUGCUUCUGAAAGGCAGCAGAGUGUCUGCUGCUUCACUAAUGUGUGUUCCCCACCCUGUUCCCCAGUGUCCCCGACCCUGUCUGCCCCUCAGAGCCAGCAGGUGCCCCGGUCUCACCGGAUGUAGAUGGCGCUUCCAUUUACAGGACGGGCUAGCCCCUUGAGAGGGAAGCAGGUCCUGGAAGUCGCUUGGCCUUAGAACCCUAGCAUCCUGAGCCGAGCGAGAGCGUCUGUUCUCUCCCCGUGGCCCUGCCUCCCCCUGCAAACCCAGGCCAGAAGCGCGGGUAUGCUGGGGCUGCUCCUAGCCCCUCGGGCUGAGGCUGAGGCCGGGUCUCUGCACCUGUGCGGCACUUCUGAGAACCGGCCAACUCCACUGUGCCUCCAGAGGGACCGUCUCAGGAAUCCUCAUCUAUGGCCAGGUGCAGCCCCGGAUGCGAUGAAAGUGGGUCACCCCAGGAUCCCUCUGCAGGCAGAUUGGGGGGCGUGAGUCACACACCUAUGCAAGGGCUUCCUGCUGAAAUGUGGAAGCGUGGAGGUGUCAGCCUUUCAUCCACCAAAUACAGGGAUGGAAGGCACGACACAGUCUACAUGCUUCCCCCCCUCCCCCGUCCCAGCACACGUCCAGAGCCCCUCCAGGGCUCAGCCACUCUCCCGUAGGCCCUUCUUAGGACUGGGGUCAAACCAACCUCAGGGCUCUCAGGCCCCGCAUGGCUGCAUGAGAUUUUGGCCAUAGAGCGGGCAAGUAGUCUCCUGUGAAGGUGACAGUUUGCAGCAGGGAGCGGGGGCUGGAGCUGCUCCUAGCGGAGACGCGGGCCCCCAUCACAUGUUGGCAGAUUAGGGCACAUCUCCCUGGCACCCAGCACAAUCAACCCCUGCCCCAGGAAAUCUAGGGAGGAGGCCCCCAAAGCCUCUGGGUCCAUCUUCCCAGUGCUGUUAGAGGAGCCCUGUCCUCCGUUGUCUGUCUGUGUGGGAAGCUGAUUUUCUGUAAAAGGAAAAAGUUUGAUCUACGGUAGGUUUUUGCUGCCUUCUGGUCAAAUAAGAUUCGCAAAGGCACUUGGGCCAACCUGCUUGGCAGCCAGCUUUGCCCAAGCAGCCCCCAGGUUUUGAGCAUUAGGAGAGGAAACCUAAGCAGCCCGUGCUCCUGACCGUGGCCCAGCACAGCCAGGGAGAUCCUGGGCAGCAUGGGGACCCUCAUCCCCAUGGGUUUGCCCAAGGACAUGGCCCGUCAGAGCCAGAGCCAGGAUUUGGACCCUGGUCCUCAACUCCUGGUGUACCUAUUCUGUGUCGAAACCCAGGUUUCAAAUUCCCAAGCAUAAGCCCUUUAAAGAGGAUGGCAAGCUUAGACGGAUCCUGCUGGUCCCACGGAGCCGUUGGAAGCGCACCGCGUGGAGGGUGAGGCCGCCGACAGGCUCCCGUGAUGUUGUGUGUUCCCCUUGGUGUCUUUAGAUUUGAUCAGAAAGUUAGGUGAAAGGAUUUGCUUCAAAAUAAGUUAUUUAUUUGUAUAUGUUCAAUAAAUAGAGUUUUUAAUUUAUAUCUGUACAUAUUAGACACACAUUAGACGUCUUGUCAGAAUUCUGGCAGCGAUGUCAUUUUAUGGCCCUCCCCGAGCACCCCACCCGGCGGCCGCAGCUGACACAUGGAGCAGGUGGGCCUCGGGAGCUCGCUGCGGGGGUGUCAGACACCUGCCACUGGGAGAAGUUCCAGUCCCCUUGAGGCGUCACCCGUCCCGUCACAGAUGGUCCUGUUCACAGUAAGAGGAUCCUGACCCAAAGUGGAGGGAGCGUGGCGGCCGUGCAGAUGGGCCACCCUGCAGCUCCUGGCCACUUCCCUUAGCACCUGAAGCCUCACCGUCAGCUCUGCCUCUGGCUGUAUUUGGUGUCAUCAACCUUCAAAAUCUCCUCCAGUUUUAUGUGAUUAUAAUGUCUUUAAUCACUCACCCACCUUACGCACAGAAACAAAAUAGUGGUUAAGGGCUUGCCGUGUCACCCGUGGCGCGAAACAAGCAGAAACGGUCACUUUUCCCCUGUUCAGAGACAGUAGAGGGUGGGGCAAGGCCCUGUGCAGGUCAGACCAGCCAUCCCUGCCCUCUCCGGCCUUGUGGAUGGUUCCACCACCUAGGAACCAGCAUGGGGCUGGGGAAUGGUCCAGAUGAGUCUGGAUCUUUCCCGGGUCUUCUCUGGAUGACUGUGCAUACACCCUGGUGUAAACCCAUUCUGUCCACCUCCUGUUCGCACACCUUGGUGUUUUGGUGUUUUCGAGCCCGAUCUUCACUUCAACUGUCCGAGUUCCAAAACCCCCAAAGCACUCAGGUUGGAGAUUUGCCACCUUUUGCAAAGCCUGUUUCACACCGCGUGUGCGCUCGGCCCCACAUCCACCCCCAGGAAGGAGACUCAGACCCAUCUGAAGCGCAGCAACCAUCGGGAACCUGGGUGCAGGUCUGCACAGGGACAGGCGCACGACUGGGGGCGGGCCCGGGGGCUGUGGGCAGAAGCGGGCUGCCAGCGUGCUCUCGGGAGGGGCCGGAGUCACAGCAGGCAGUGCUCUGGGUUCGCUCCCCCAGUGCUGUGUCAGGGCCUCCCGACGGUGGGCAGCAGGGUGGGUGCCUGGGGACGGGGCCCCUCGUGCCAGCGAGGACCCCUGUGGCCCAGCCGGCGCACCCCUUGCAGGUGCCUCUUCCAGGAACGCCGCAGUCUCCACCGCCCCCCGGGGUCCUCAAGGUGGCACCGCUCAGAUGUUCAACUGUUGCCUUCCUCGUUUGUUUUCCAAAAAUGAUUUUUUUUUUCUUAAUGGGAUGUUUUUCAAAUCUGUGGCGUUGUUUUAAAGAGAGUGAUUCUUACUCUUUUUUUUGUUGUUCCCGUUGUCACUGCUGGCUCAUCACUGUCCCCAUGAUGGGCCAGGUUGAUACUGUGAAUACAUGAAGGUAAACUGCACCCCGUGCCCCGCGGUGGGCACAGCCUCUCGCAGGGGGCUCCUCUCCACGAAGGCCCCUCUGGCCCCUCUUCUGUGAACAGCGCCCCCACUGCCUCCCCCCGGGGAAAGGUGCCCACCCCUGGCCUGGGCAGGUGUCACCAGGGCUCCCGAGUGCUGCCCGGGGAAGGCGCGUUUUCGCCAUAGGAUCAUCAGAUCACGAUUCUUAGGGACCAAAGGCGUUUUUAAUAAGAUAAUCUUUGUAUUUGAUUUUCUAAUGAGAAAGGAAACAGUGACUUUAAAUUUUAACACCAAACUUUUUAAAAUUAUAGAUAUUUAGCAUUAAUUGACCACGGCUCUAAGUUGUAAAACGUUUUCAUAGUAAGAUUGUAAUUAUUUCCUUAACUGUAUUUUUUAAAAACUAAAGUCAUAUUUAAAAUUCUCUUUGAAAGAAACAAGCAAGAAACAGCAAAGAUUUUUUUUUAAAUUAAAUCUGUUGGCGGUGCCCAUUUUAGAGGACUGUAGAUAUAUUUUCACUGUGUUUCUCAGUGUAUUUAAUUCAUAAACUAAGAACUUUUAUCAGAGGAAACUUCCGAUGGAAAUACCAGUUUUCUGGCCAUUUGCUCCAUGUUGUAAUCACCUCACCUGAAUUUUCUGCUUUACUAACUGAUUUUUCUACUGUUUCACACGGUGUAUAGCCCACGGACUGGCGCCAUCCGGCGUGCCUCAUUUGUGUGUUACCAAUAAAGCUGUACGCUUCCA